CUUGGUCCAGCGUCCAUCGAUCGAUCGAUGGAGUGUCGUUGUCGUCGCUGGCCUCGCAUGCUCCCCUGGGCUUGACGUAUAAGGUGGAGGAGGAGUGUUCGCGACUACGCGUCUGGAUGUUGGCUGACCGAUGUGGUAAAUUAACUUCAUUUCACGAUAGGAAUUGGUGUGUUGAGGCGUUGCGUGUAGCAGUCGCGUCGCCGCGGAGCUUCUCGGUGUCGUCAGCCCAAACCUUGCGUUUUGGAAGCUUGAGGCAAUUGCGGUAAAUGUCAAGGUUUGACUCAAGUCCCUUUUGAACGACAUUCCUUAGCUGGGAACUUGUAGAAGCUUGGCAGGCGUGGCUGACUGAGUACAUAUUGUCAUUGCGAUACGCAAAUUUCUUGCUCUUGUGUCGUAGAAUUUAAUUGAAUUAAUAAAAAGGAGGUACAUGAGUGUUUGGAAUGAAGUAAAUACUAUCAGAUCCCAUUCCAACCUCAGGUUAUUGAUAAACCGUCAAGGACAUUAACGGGUACUGCUACAAAGAUCUACUUGAGGAGGAUUAUACGUGGAGAAUUUUUCAUGUUACAUCGGCAGUGAUUAAAUUUUUUCCGGUGCCGAGUUGCUGGAUAUUUUGCGGCAGUCCUUGCUCCGACGAACUGAAACUCCUUCCGUGAUCACCAGGAAUUGUAACAUAGGAAUCUUGGGAUUGACGAGUUCCUUUCAAACAAUGGCGGAGGAUUGUUUUCCUGCAUGGUCAAAGUCUGUGGAACAGUGCCUAAAUCAUUUUGAAGUCGAUGUUAAAAGUGGUCUCAGCCAAAGCAGCAUUGAAAACAGGCGUAAGCAGUAUGGGUGGAAUGAACUGGAAAAAGAACCUGGGAAGCCAAUGUGGAAGUUGGUGUUGGAGCAGUUUGAUGAUAUGCUUGUCAAGAUCUUAUUGGUUGCAGCGUUAAUAAGUUUCAUUCUUGCCUACACCGAUGGUUACUCUGCUGACGAGAGCGGAAUUGGCGCCUAUGUGGAGCCAUUGGUCAUUCUUUUCAUACUUAUAUUAAACGCCGUAGUUGGAGUAUGGCAAGAAAGCAAUGCUGAGAGAGCGUUAGAGGCACUUGAGGAGAUGCAAUCAGAACACGCUAAAGUUAUCAGAGAUGGGGAAUUUAUAUCUAACUUGCCGGCCAGAGAACUCGUUCCAGGAGAUAUUGUAGAGCUUCGUGUUGGUGAUAAGGUCCCCGCAGACAUGCGCAUAGUGAAACUGAAGACCUCCACAGUGAGGGUUGAGCAGAGUUCGCUCACAGGAGAAAGUAUGUCUGUGGUGAAAACCACCCAUUCAGUGAAGGAAAAUAUUGAAUUGCAAGGCAAGGAGUGUAUGGUAUUUGCGGGUACCACUAUUGUGAACGGCUCCUUCCUCUCUAUGGUAAUGACCACCGGCAUGAAAACGGAGAUUGGCAAAAUUCAAUCUCAAAUUCAGGAGGCUUCAAAGGAGGAGGCGGAUACACCUCUGAAAAAGAAAUUGGAUGAGUUUGGAGAGCUUUUGACUAAAGUGAUUGGUGUGAUAUGUCUUCUUGUCUGGGUCAUUAACUACAAAUAUUUUUUGUCUUGGGAGAUGAAGGACGGUUGGCCCAGAAACUUUCAAUUCUCAUUUGAAAAGUGUACAUAUUAUUUCAAGAUUGCUGUAGCUUUAGCUGUUGCAGCUAUCCCAGAAGGACUCCCUGCCGUUAUUACCACUUGUUUGGCUUUAGGUACAAGGAAGAUGGCAGCCAAGAAUGCUAUUGUGCGGAAGCUCCCCAGUGUCGAGACUCUAGGAUGUACCACUGUUAUUUGCUCUGACAAGACAGGCACACUGACAACAAAUCAAAUGUCUGUAACUGAGCUCAUUCUUAAUGGUCCAGCAGCUGGAGUCACCCGCGAUUUCCAUGUGGAGGGCACAACAUACAGUUUCUUGGAUGGCAAGAUCGAAGGUCUUAGUGUUGGCCAGUUGGAUCCGAACAUGCUGUCCUUUGCUGAAAUUGCUUCACUUUGUAAUGAUGCUGGAAUUGAAUAUCAGGGCAAUGGUUUCAAAGCUAUUGGCAUGCCAACUGAAGCAGCUCUGAAGGUUGUGGUGGAGAAGAUGGGUGUACCAGAUUUUGCUGCUCAGUCAGUCAUUAACAACCAGCGUUCUAGAGAAGCGAUCGCUCUGAAUGAAGAAUUACCUCUUGCCUGCAAUAAUUGGUGGAGCAGUAAGGAGCCUCGAGUGGGUAUUCUCGAAUUUGAUCGUACUCGCAAGUCAAUGAGUUGUAUAGUUAGAAGGGAUGGAGUCAACAGGUUGCUUGUGAAGGGAGCCGUGGAGAAUAUUUUGGAGCGCUGCACGCGUGUGCAACUUCUGGACGGUUCAGUGGCGAAUAUGACAGAAGGAGCCCGUGAUGCUCUGCUUGGAAAACUUAAUGGAUUGAGUGCGAGGGCACUUCGCUGCUUAGGGCUAGCUUACAAGGAUGAUUUGCAAGAGCUUAGUGAUUACGAUGGAGAAAAUCACCCCGGUCAUGGAAGACUUCUGGACACCGAAAAUUACGAAAAAAUUGAAAGCAAUCUUAUUUUCGUCGGCAUGGUUGGAAUAAGAGAUCCUCCCCGUCAAGAAGUACGUGGGGCAAUUGAAGAUUGUUGUGAGGCUGGUGUAAGAGUAAUGGUGAUAACCGGAGACAACAAGAACACUGCUGAAGCAAUUUGUCGUGAGAUUGGUAUUUUCAAUGAUAAUGAGGAUAUUCGAGAUAAGAGUUUUACAGGCCAUGAGUUCAUGGAAUUUUCUGUUGAGCGCCGGAAGCAAAUUCUCUCUGGUACUGGAGGUCGUGUCUUCUCACGUGCGGAGCCUAAACAUAAACAAGACAUCGUACGCAUUCUGAAGGAUGCUGGGGAGGUUGUGGCCAUGACUGGUGAUGGCAUAAACGAUGCUCCUGCUUUGAAGCUUGCGGACAUUGGCGUAGCAAUGGGUAUUGCUGGAACUGAGGUGGCCAAGGAGGCAGCCGACAUGGUGCUUGCAGAUGACAAUUUUAGCACUAUUGUGGCAGCCGUUGGAGAAGGUCGUUCUAUAUACAACAACAUGAAGGCCUUCAUUAGAUACAUGAUAUCAUCCAACAUUGGAGAGGUGGCAUCAAUCUUUAUGACAGCAGCUUUGGGUAUGCCAGAAGGGUUGGUACCAGUGCAGCUCCUUUGGGUGAAUUUGGUGACUGAUGGUCCUCCAGCCACUGCUCUAGGUUUCAACCCUCCUGAUUUGGACAUUAUGCAGAAACCUCCUCGGAAAAGCAAUGAUGUUUUAAUCAAUGGCUGGGUUUUCUUUCGCUACUUGGUAAUUGGCUUGUAUGUUGGGAUAGCCACUGUCGGUGCAUUUGCAUUGUGGUACACGCAUGCAUCCUUUCUUGGGAUUAACCUGGCAGCUGACGGUCACACGCUGGUAAGCUUUUCACAAUUGACACACUGGGGCGAGUGCUCAACUUGGAAAGACUUCAAGGUGACACCGUUCACUGCUGGGAAUCAGACACUCUACUUUGAUGACAACCCUUGUGAUUAUUUCACUACCGGGAAAGUGAAAGCAACUACUCUCUCCUUGUCCGUUCUUGUGGCGAUUGAAAUGUUCAAUUCUUUGAACGCCCUCUCAGAAGAUGGGAGCUUAGUGUCUAUGCCGCCAUGGGUCAACCCGUGGCUGCUUUUAGCCAUGGCCGUGUCCUUCUCUCUCCACUUCCUGAUUCUUUACAUUCCUUUUCUGGCUACAAUAUUUGGCAUUGUGCCGCUUAGCCUGAAUGAGUGGCUCCUAGUUCUUGUUGUUUCCCUUCCUGUGAUUUUGAUAGAUGAGGGCUUAAAGUUUAUCGGCAGAAGAAUGAACCAGCGUGAGCGACGAGCUAGGAAGUUAAAAUUGGCUUAAAUGAUAGGUGAUAGGGAUGAUUGUCCAAGGGAAUUCCAGAACAUGGGCCUUGUGUGGAGCCCAGGUUUGGUUUCUAUGAUGGAUGCCAAUUAUAUCUUUCCUCCCCUCAACUUUUUUUUACUUAGCAGGGGCGCCCUUUCAGCUCAUACGGACGACCAAGCUUCUGAUUUAAUUACCACCUCUUACGUAGCAAUAGCAUAGAGUAGUUGUAUACAGGUAAGUGGAAGUUUAGGCGCGUCGACUAGGGUUUUUUUGCGCUGAGUGCACAUUGAACUUGUCCAUUGUUAAGGUCCACUCAUGGGUAUUUUCAAGAAACCGAGUUAGAUUAUUUCAAAUGUGAAUAUUCUUCUGCUGGCAGAGAUGUUAGUAGAGAACAACUUUGGGAAAAUCAUUAAUUUCAUCUGGAACUGAUUCAUUUUUUCCACUGGAA